AUGCACCUCCGCAACGGACGCGUUAUCGGCCCCACACCGCAGGAGACUCCUACAAUGCCAGUCAACAAAAUGCCGAGCGGGACACCAGCCCAUCAUCGCCACCCGACUCCGAAGCCCACCGUGGCAGAGCGGCCGCAUGGGCAUAAGGAGGCGCCCCCGCAGGUGAUACCUUUGCCUAAUGUUAUGCCAGGGGACAGUCCCUUCGUCACAUGGGACCAAUUCCAGUCCGCAGUGAGUGUGGUAAGAACUGUAAUAGGAGGGACCGUGGAACCCGGCGCAACGACUCCCAUACUACCAGAAGACGGCAGCACUAUGCAGGCCUUUCUGCUGCACAUCGAACCCCGGUACACGCAGAUGGGAUUGAAACCGCGCGAGUGGGGAAAUGCACUUAUAGACCACCUUGUGGGCCCGGCUCUAACGUAUUGGAUGUAUCUACGGAGAACUAUCGACCUAAGCGACUGGGCGACAGUACAGCGCAGGCGUUUGGAGCGGUUUGACAGAACAAUGUCGCAGAGUCAAUUGUUAACGGAGUUGGCUAAAGUACGGUGGAAUGGUAACCCGAAGGAAUACACGGACCGGUUUGCGGCUGUAGCGGAGCGUGGUUUGGGUCUUGCCCCCGACGAACUCGCGGACUAUUACUGCACCGGGCUACCGACAGACCUCCAUCUUCUAAUAACCAAUAACGGACAGGUGAAAAAUCACUCGUGGGAACAAGCGGCGACAGCCGCAACUCAGCUCUACGAGCCCAAGCAGAGUAUGCUGGAACUCCGAGAAAGGACAAGUCGAACCAUUAGGACCGCCAUCCAAGCUAAUGGACCCCGUGGGCCCCAGGAAAUUGAAAAUCGCCCUGGGGGAACCCACGCUAACUGCUUUGAGUGUCAGGGUCGCGGACAUCCGGCACGUGUCUGCCCUAGCAAAGGAGAACGUACCAAACGUCUGGGGGAAAUCUGCAAGAAGUGUGGCGGUGUGGGACACUACGCUCGGGACUGUCCUACGUAUGAACGAGGCCGGCCCGAGCCGGUGGACAAGAGCAGUAGAGCGCCCACCCGUCCUAGCACUGAGAAGACGGAACGAUUAAACGUGCGGGCCUAG